AUGCCCCCGCCAAAGAAGGUGGCGGCAGACAGGGACAAUGAGGAGGGGGAGGAGCUGCAGCUCGAGGAACCUGUGCCUAUGAGUCCGCUUAUUUCGUUGCUGCACCUGCGCCACACCUACACGUCGCAGUACGUGGAGGAAUCGAAGCGUGAGGAGGCAAAGGCAGCCAUACUGCGGGAGGCGUAUGACCACAACAUGGCACCCUACCUCCGCUUCAUCUACGAAUCCUUUGCCUGGGCAUUGGAUGAGACUCGAAUGCAGGAAAUGGAUGCCGCCAAUGCGAAGAAGCUGGCGGAGCUGGACGCACGCAUCAAGGACGCGCAGGAGAACCUCGGUGACGUGGAGGUGCGUGAGGGGCUUCUCGCCAAGUGCGAUCACUUCGCCCGCAUUGGCGACCUGCAGGAGUGCCUAAAGUUUAACAUUGAGUGCUCUGGAAAGACGCUGGCGGCGGGCCCAAAGUUGGAUCUGUGCUUUCAGCGCAUUCUGUUAGGAAUCGCUUUCUCCGAGAACGAAAUUGCCGCCAACGGAAUUCGCGAUGCACACCGGCUGAUGAAAGAUGGCGACUGGGAGCGACGCAACCGCCUCAAGGUGUAUGAAGGUAUCUACUACGUCUUUAUCCGCGACUUUAAGCGCGGCUCUGAGCUGCUGCUGGACUCCGUCUCCACCUUUGCCGCCAGCGAGCUGAUGAACUUCAACGAGUUCAUCCUCAUCACGGUGGUCGCGAGUCUGACGGUGCUGAGCCGCUCCGAGUUGAAGCAGCAGAUUGUAGACAGUCCAGAGGUGCGGAGCGCCGACAUCAAGGACGUGUUUCACCUCGUCACGGUCAUCUACAACUGUCGCUACAAGGACGUCUUCCCCGCGCUCGACACCGUCUGCCACCAGCUGCGCGGCCUGGUCUACCUCUCCCAGCACGUGAACUACUUCUUCCGCGAGGUGCGUGUGCUGGUCUUCACGCAGUUUCUCGAAUCCUAUAGCAGUGUGACGUUGAACUCCAUGAGCGCCGCCUUUGGUAUUCCCCCGCCGGUGAUGGAUAGCAUGCUGGGGACCCUCAUCUCAAACGAGCGCAUCGCGUGCAAGAUGGACCGCGUCUCCGAUAGCAUCGCCACCUACCGGGGGGACACGACGAACUUCGACUACCACCGCAUCGUCAAGAAUGGUGACCUGUUGCUGAAUCGCAUUCAGAAGUUGUCUCGACUGGCGGAGAUGUGA